AGCAUGCGCAAACCCUCCGUAGGUUACACGAGUUUAUUUUCAGCCUUGUACUUCUAGACUGACUGAGAAGGCGUAUUUAGCUUUGUGCUCAUUUAACAAUAUAGUUUCUGGCUCUACUUAUUUCAAGCGUCAUUGGAGGAAGCUCAAAAAUAUCCAGGUUGGGAAUUUUGGUGGUGACAUGUCGCUGCGUGUUUUGUCAGUAUUUCCAAGCGGCGACGGAGUGGCCAAGCCAGGCUAGCCGGGCUAACAAGCUAUCAGCUAACAGCGUUAGCCUCAUCUCUGCCUUAGCUGGACGCAGAGUGGUGAUGACGCAGUAUAUAACUUCUUUGUUCGUUUCUGAAAUACGGGAUAUAUGAAAUGUAAAAGAAUAGUUACAAAAGAGUAAGGCUUCAAAGCAAAGACUGAGCUAGGAGCCAUAGCUAACAUGAGCUACUUUUGUGCGCUUGUUGCUAUGCGAGUUAAUUGACUCUUGUAAUUUUAUUCAGGUCUAGUUUGUCCAUAACAAACGAACUGUUGUAAAUUUGUGCUGAAAUGCAGCAUUGAGGCUAGUUUUUUGUGUGUAAUUUGGAACCUUUAUUUUUGCAACGCGGCGGUCAUAUUAUUUUUGGCCGACAUGGCAGCCAGCGGAUUCUCUGACCUAAGAGAGAAGCUAAAGUCCAUGACUCCGCACCGGGACGACUACGGGAACAAAUACCGAGCGAGCAACGGCAGCGGGAAGGGUCGAAAGCGGAAGUAUCGAGAGUCGGACGACGAUGAAUACGAGCACAGCGACGAUAGUUCUGACCUCCGGGAGCAAGAAGCCCGCCGGGUCAGGAGUAGCGUUGUACAGCUGAGCAUAUUCACCCCGGAGGAGUGCGCCCGCAUCGAGGAGAUGAUCGAUGAAGUAGUGGCCAAAGCAGAGGCUGGACUGUAUCGGGAGCACACGGUGGAUAGAGCGCCCCUCCGGAACAAGUACUUCUUUGGCGAGGGGUACACGUACGGAGCCCAGCUGGAGAAGCGCGGACCGGGUCAAGAGCGGCUGUACCGCAAAGGAGAGGUAGACGAAAUCCCUAGCUGGGUUCAUGAGCUGGUGAUCAACCGGCUGGUGUCCAACGGGGUGAUCCCCGAGGGUUUCGUCAACAGUGCGGUCAUCAAUGAUUAUCAGCCAGGUGGAUGCAUCGUGUCCCACGUGGAUCCCCUGCACAUCUUUGCACGGCCCAUUGUGUCUGUGUCCUUCUUCAGUGACAGCGCGCUGUGCUUUGGUUGUCGCUUCCAAUUCAAACCCAUCCGGGUGUCAGAGCCGGUGUUUGUCCUGCCUGUGAGGAGAGGGAGCGUCACAGUACUGAGUGGCUAUGCUGCUGAUGACAUCACUCAUUGCAUCAGACCUCAGGACAUCAAGGAGAGACGUGCAGUAAUCAUCCUCAGAAAAACUAAACCUGAUGCACCUCGUUUGGACUCAGACAGCCCUUUAAGUUCGUCUCCUGCCCUGAGAUCUGCUCCUCUAAAAGCCAAACGCUCUCAUCGAAAAGCAGAUCCGGAUGCUGCUCACAGGCCAAGGGUUCUGGAGAUGGAUAAGGAGGAGAAUAGACAUCCUUCGCUGUCCCGCCACCGUCACCAUAGCGCCAGCUCAGAGAACUACCGGAGACGUGAUGAAGACCUCGACAAACACCAGGAGAGCUCAGGGCGCAAAGUCAAAAUGAGGCGCCACUGACUGCCUCUUUUACAGGCACGCUCACAUACUAAAAUAUCCCUACUCCUUUAUAUGUAUGUCAGUAUUGUAACUUUAUUUGAUCAGUUAUUAUUUUAACGGUCCAGUGUAUUCUGGUUCAAGAACAACCAUUAGGUUUCAGUUUUGAUUUGAGUCAAGAAAAGCUUGAGUGUACUGGCUUUUCUGCUGCUUAUAAUAGACCGUAACUUGCUCACUACAGUAAAAGUCUGUUGUUAAACAGUUUAGUUAGUUUAAAUUAAACAUUUCUUUAUGUUAAUAGAAGAGCAGAAAAGGCAUGUAUUUUUUCUACCUUGAGAAUUGAAAAGAACAUGUACGUAUGAACUUGUACAAAAGAAUCCCAACCUGUAAUCUAACUUCAUAAUGUACAAUACGUUAAUGUACAGUCUUUAUUUGGAGGGCUUUUAUGAAGACUGAUUCUUUAUUUUUGUGUUCUCAACAUAUACAUUUCAAAUCUAUUACUUUUGUCAGUAGGCAAUGUCAGAUCUUCACUUUUUGUUCAGAUUUGCAGUUAAGAUUUCAGUAACAGGCAAGUCCAUCCUUGCUGUUUAGUGGAAGUGGUGCAGGAGCAAAACAAAUGCUUCAUGGAAGGCUGCCACAUUUCACUGUCCUGUCUCAGUAUAAGGUUGCUGUGUCAUUUGACAUGAACCAUGUCAUUCCUGUUCCGUAAUAAAAUUACUUUUUCCUCA